UUGGUGCAUCGAUGGAAGGAGAGAGGGGCACAAUCAAGCCAAACCAGUGGAUGUGCUGUAGGAUUGUUUGAUAGUAAAAACUGGAAACAUUUUGGAGCCAGUACGGAGGCCGGUGAGCUCGCAGCUCUGCGGUGUUUUUUUUCGUCGGUUUCUGUUUCCAAGCGAGGAGAACCAGAGCGAGCUGAGAUACAGGAGAAGAGAGAGCGGUGUACGGCCCACUGCAGUCUGAAUCACCGGAGACUCGGCCCGUCGUUCAUGUGUGGUUAUUUGUCUUUCGACGUGUGCAUCUUCUCGAAGACAGAAAAGCAACGGGAACGGACCAGAGCCGAGCCCGGCGUCGUUGGGACUCAGUGCUGCAGCCCAAGGCGAGCUGCUAGGCAGAGCAUGCUAAAUAAUGAGCCAAAGGGACACACUGGUUCAUUUGUUCGCCGGAGGAUGUGGUGGAACAGUGGGUGCUAUUCUGACUUGUCCUUUGGAAGUCGUCAAGACCAGGUUGCAGUCCUCUUCCAUCAGGUUUUAUGUCUCUGAAGUUCAGCUCAGCACCGUCAGCGGAGCCAGUGUCGCGCGGGUUUCUCCGCCGGGGCCUCUGCACUGUCUCAAGUUAAUUUUAGAAAAAGAAGGGCCCCGUUCACUAUUUAGAGGACUGGGUCCGAACCUUGUAGGUGUGGCACCUUCCAGGGCAAUCUACUUUGCAGCCUAUUCAACAGCCAAGGAGAAGCUGAAUGGAGUGCUGGAGCCCGACUCGACCCAGGUGCACAUGGUGUCUGCUGGGAUGGCAGGCUUCACCGCCAUCACAGCCACCAACCCUAUCUGGUUGAUCAAAACCCGUAUGCAGCUGGACUCCAGAAACCGGGGAGAGCGGCGAAUGAAUGCGUUUGAGUGUGUGCGGCGGGUGUACCAGAUGGAUGGCCUACGAGGUUUCUACAAAGGAAUGUCGGCGUCGUACGCCGGCAUUUCAGAGACCGUUAUCCACUUUGUGAUUUACGAAAGUAUCAAGCGUAAGCUGCUGGAGUCCAGAGUCCACAGCAGCAUGGACGAAGAGGACGAGUCUAUUAAAGAUGCCUCGGACUUUGUAGGCAUGAUGCUCGCAGCAGCCACUUCCAAAACAUGUGCCACCUGCAUCGCUUAUCCUCACGAAGUGAUUCGCACACGGCUACGAGAGGAAGGCAGCAAGUACCGCUCCUUCUUUCAAACUCUUCUGACGGUACCCAGAGAGGAGGGAUACGGGGCUCUGUACCGCGGCCUAACCACCCACCUCGUCAGACAGAUUCCUAACACUGCUAUCAUGAUGUGCACCUAUGAGGUGGUCGUCUAUCUGCUUGGCCGUUAGCAGACGUCUCCUUUCUGUUUAACAAAACAAAACAAAACAAAACAAAAAAAGAAGUAAGCAGAGGACUGAGAGGGAUGCUCUUUUGGCGUGGAACAGUGGACGUGUCAUGUCAAAAUGAAGACCAAAGGAAAUCUGAAGAUACUCGUGGACCAGAAAUGGAUGAAGACGCACAGCUUUUUGGUACAGGGGAGUGACGAGGCACUGAAAGGAGAGACACAGAAACCAUUCGGCCUGUGUUGAAGGUGUUCAGUUUAGUUUUAAAGAAAAUGCAGUGGCCUUAAAAGUAUCUAGUUUGUAUCCAUCUGUAGGUGUGGAGGAUAACGAAAAAAAAAACCCAGCUUCUUAAUUUGUGUUUCAGACGUUGUGAGAGGAAUGCAUGAAGACCGCUUAGAGGGUUAAUGUAGAUCAGUUUCCAACCUGUUUGGCACCUUUGUCUUUAUUAAACUGCACUUUCCCUUGUAUUUUAAGGAAUUUCCGGAGAUUGAACCAGAAACAAAGUUGUCUGUAUUUGUUUGGUCACCUAAACCGCUCUGGGUGAGGCUGCAGGAAGUCGGUCUUCAUAUACUCUCCUCUGAACACUACAGCUGCCUCUCAGAUGACCAGCAGAGCUCUCGCUGGUCUGAAACACAAGGAUGACGGUUGCUUGUUCACACAGCUCUGACACUAAGUUUAAAAUCUGACCUCUAGUGUUUUAUUCUUCUCAAGCUCAUUGCCUCACAGUUGCAUAGUUUUCGUUGUCGUUGUUGAGCGUAGACUUCAGUAUUGACAGUAUUUCCUUUUUAAAACUCUUAGGUUUUUUGAAGCAGUUUCUGCUCAGACUGCAGGUGCUGCUCAGGACUUAAAUACUGCCUCUAAAAUCAGAAGAGUGCAUCUGUUUCAAGGCAUAAAAGCGUGUUGAGUUGUAGCUGUGUCCUAAAGGUACGGAGUGUCUUCUAUUAGAGUUGCUACUUGAAUAUAAUGUGACAGUUUGGAAAAAAUGGGAGGAUACUGAGAGUCACUGAUAGCCUCUGUGUGUGUGAUUGUGUGUGUUUUAAAAAGUCGGACGAUGUAUUUGUGUUCAAGAGUGUGUGUGUGCCUGCAUGUAUUAUAAAUAUUCACCAACUCACUGUUAACCUUGCGAUACACUGCAGCAUGGAGCCUGGAGAGGCUCCAGUGUGAUACCAGGAGCUCAGACUUCCUCACCAGUGGUUUCCAACUGACCUGAUGCACUUUGUGGCCUUUUAGGGCUUGUGCUUUGCUUUUUAUUGUGUGGAUGGAUAAAACUUGUACAUUGUAAGAAAAAUCCAAAACAAACUGUAUUUCAGAUUUUGCGCAACAGUUCUAGCGGAUGUAUGUAUAGUUUAGAGUUCUCAGUUGUUGUGAAGGAAAGAUCCAUAUGUUUGUAAAUAAUAUAAUGUAUAUCAGUUUUUGUUUUCCUCUGAGCCCUACUUCUGAUCAUGCUGUAAUUUGCCUUUGCUAAAGAUUGUUUUUAUUUUUGUGCAACUGAACCAGUUUUGACAUUGACUGUUGACAUAAAUAUUAGUAUUGCUUGACAUUUUUAUUUGUGUAUGUUACAGAAAACUGUCAUAUAUAUAAAAAAAAAAAAAGAAUACAUGCUGCGGAUCAAAUGCAUAAAUACGAGCGUUUGAGUCGGAGCACUGAUGCUUUGUUCAGUCUUGUUCUUAAAAAAAGUGUUCAGAUUUGCAAAGUUUGGUUGUUUCUGUCAUUUGAGUUGUUUACAUGUUUCUUUCCUCUCUGUCCAUUUUUGUUUUCUUUGCAACUUGUUUUGAGUAUUUUAUUUGAGAUGUCAAGAACUGGAGUCAUUUUUCCAACACUAGGGAGUGAAAACAGCUGCUUUGGGUGGUUACAACCUUAGUAGUAACAUUUUUAAAAUCAGAAUUUCCCUGUAAUAUUUGAAUGUUGAGCCCUCUCUUGGCCUGUUGUUUUUUCAUAUAGAAGUAGUACACACCCACACCUUUUUUCUGUAAAAAAAAAAAAAGUGGGGAAAAAAACAGUUUUUCUUAAAACUAGUGUGCCUCCUCUCUUGAGGCAUUCACACAUGUUGUACUCCCCUUUGUUGCAGUCAUUUCACAGACAACCAAAAGUAUUUUAUCUUCGUUUAUUAAUUUCCAGUCAGCAUGUUACAAGCCAAACAUUUUCUUUUUAUUAAAUUUAAAACAUUGCUUAUGUCCAUAUGUGUUGCUGUAAAACACUAAAAGCACAGAGUUGUAUCUUCAUCAGCUCAUUUUCUGUAGUAUUUGACUUCAAACAACCUCUUUUGGACAUGAGCAGAGAACUGGACAAUAUGCAACCAUUUCACCAGUUGCUGCUUAAAUUGGUGUCUUUGGCCUGUAUGCUUGGAUAGGACUCAGCCUCAAAACAAUCAGACUCAGAAGAUUGAUCUGGAGAAAGUCAUUUGUGUUUUCAGUUGUUUGUUCAUUUUUUUAAACACAAAAGCCAAUAAAAAUCUAUUUACAACUACAA